AUGUUCGAGAAUUUCCCCGAGGAUGCGGACGAGUGGUACAAUCCAGGGGCUGACCUCUCAUCCCCGGGCGACGUGGACGCGCUCCGCGCCAGGUUCCGCCGGGCGUGCCCCGCCCUCGAUGAUGCCCACUGUGGCGAUCUCCGCCCGGGCGACCAGCUCUGCCUCGCCUGCGAUAUGCACGGCGGCGAGAUCAAAUACUACGACGCCGUCCUCGAGGCCGUAGAGAAGGCACCUCACGGCACCGUGGACGGCGAGGAGCGGUGCGCGUGCCGUUUCACGGUGUGCUGGACGGAGGGGCCGCGCCGCGGUUGCUCGGACAAGGUGGGCGUCGAGGUGGUAUACUGCGUGCUGGAGUCACCGAUCCAAGAUCCGGUGCUGACCGAGUUCCUGGACGAUGUGAGAAACCGGUUCGGCGACGACCAAGAGGAGGCGACGGCGGUGUCUCAGCAGGCAGCCCCGAGCGGCGAGGAGGAAAUUGCGCUGGUUUCCAGCCUCACGAGUCACGAACUCCUCGAGUAGCUUGUCUUAUUCUUUUUAACGA